AUGGAUACCAUCCUUCAGCGAGCCCGUGCCCUCCUCCAGAGCUCCCAGGAACAGAAGGCCUUGGACUUGUUGGCGCCGGCAGCCACGCAAAACCCGGAAAAUCCCGCUGUCCUUGAGCUCUUCGGUCAAGCUCUCUUGGAAGUCAAUGACGUCGAGUCUGCCUACUCCGUCUUGAGUAAAGCAGUUGAAAUAGACCCCGAAGCAAAUCACGGCGUCGACAAAUUCUUAUACUUGGGCCAGAUUAUCGGUGGCCGUGACGGUUGCCAAUACUUGGACGUUGCUCUCGCCAAGUUGCAGACACAGUUGGAAAAGGUCGCUUCUAACAGUCAGGACGACCCAGCCUUGGUGGAAUUGGCCAAGGUGUACCCUACCUCAGAGGAAUUGUCACAGUACCUAAUAAAGAAGUUGAACCAGGGCAUAUUCGCCGAGAUCGAGAUCUGGAUGACCGACUUGUGCAUGGAGCCUGAGGCCGAAGACCAGUGUGACAAGUUGAUCUCGCACUCGUUAGCUCUAGACGACACCAACCCGGAAGCGUUGUCCUUGUUGGCGCUGAUCCGUAUUUCCCAGCAAAGAAAUGACGAUGCAAGACAUGCGUUGCUCCAGUCUUGGGAGCACUUCCAGCACAAGAAACAGAACUUGGAGAUUAACCAGGCUGAAGGUGGAGAGGAGGCUUCAUUCGAGUACAUUGAAUUGGUUCAACCUUUGCUUGGCCUUGCUCGUUUUGCCAUCGAGUUGUCCAUGUAUGAUGUAGUUCCAGCUAUCUGCUCCAGCGUGGCUGACAUCAACGAUAAUGCAUUGGACUGUUUCUACUACGAAGCAUUGAGCCACCUUUUGAAGGCCAAGCUUGCAUACCACAACAAAAAUCCUUCUGAGGACGACUAUAGAGAGUUGGGAGCAGCUGUAGUAGCAAAAUCUGAAGACCCAGAAAUUCAGGCGGCCAUUGCGGAGGCCAAACUGGCUCUUACUCAAGGUUAUAGGGUCAUCAACAGUGCUGAUGCUGAAGCCUCGGAUCCAGACGUGGUUGACCAGGUCAAUGAAAUGUUGCAGGAGCUUGGCGGGCCUGUGAUGGCAGAGUUGAUGCCAGAAAGAAGAAAUGACGAUGAUGAAGAAGGUUGGGAAGACGAGAUCGUCAGCGAUGAAGAGUAG